GUUGGGGAGGAGAAGAUGCCGGAAGAAGGCGAAGCACGUGAGCGGUGGAUUGAGAAAAGCGCGGUGCUUUUUGACCUCAUCCUUCAAUCGGUCAACAAGGAGAUGUUCGAGCACAUCAAGGAUCUUGUGGAAGCGGAUGAUUCGGGUCCAAGGGCGUGGAAACUACUACGCGAUGUGAUUCAGCCCAACACUCUCCCGCUGGUGAUCGUGCUCGAGAAGGAACUUGCUGCCAUCUCCAUGCGACCAGGGGACGAUGUGAAGCCGGUCCUUGACAAGAUCAAGGACACCUAUGCAAGGAUGGCAGCAGUGUAUCUCAGCUGCAGCAGUGCACCAAGAUCAUCUCGGUGUUGGACAACUCUUGGGACAACCUCAUCCCCACCCUCAACUCUCAGCAAGAUCAAUGGACACCUGAGUGGCUAAGGCAGCAGAUUCUGCAGGAGGACUUCCGCAGACGC